AGUCGCUCGCCGGAGCUCAGACUCGUUGGACGUCUCGCUCCACAAUACUAAUUUAUUAAAAAUCGAAUUUAUAUAUCGAUAAAUAAUCGAUUAUAUCAAUUAAAGAGAUCUUUAUUUAGGUUUGAUGUUCUUUUGUUUGUACCAUUAGUGCUGUGUAUGUGUUGUGUUUUAUACGAAGUACGUAACAGGAAAUAAAAAUAUGAGUGCGAUGUGUAAUUGAGUGACGUCACAAGCAAAUAAUUACAAAUUCCCAAGAUGGCCGACAACGUAGCAUUUGAUGAUGAGAAGCUGGUGGUAGGCGGUCCCAACCAAAGAAAUUGGAGAGGUAUUCUUAUAGCACUGCUCGUUAUAGUUGCUGUACUGGCUCUGAUUGUUACCUCAGUGGUGCUACUGACGCCACCUGAUGAGGGUCCUCGUGUGAAAGGCAGGAGAUUGAAGAUACAAGAUCUGUUAACUGAAGAUUUGGUUCCAAUCAAGUGGAACGGUACUUGGAUAUCUGGUGACGAGUUCGUGUAUAGAGAUGCGUGGGGUGGAAUAAGUCUUUUAUUUGCUGCCAACCAGACCUCAAAGACUUUAAUGCCUAACAGUACAUUUCGUGUUCUAGAACCGGCGUCUUAUUCACUGUCAGCAGACCGACGAUUCCUGUUGUUGGCGCACGCACCGCGCAAGUUACAUCAGUAUUCAUACCUAGCGAGAUACUCGGUCUAUGAUAUUCUCACAACCGAGUCUUAUCCACUGACCCCCCUCCCAGAUGACAUAGGAGGGGGGGUGAUCAGCGAAGGACCUCUCCUCUUACUUGCGAUGUGGACUCCGAAAGGACAUGGGCUCAUCACAGUCAAGGAUUAUGAUAUUUAUUAUCGCCCGGCACCACGCUCAUCUACCGGGUAUAGAGUAACUGACACCGGUAUACCGGGAAGAAUAAAUAAUGGUGUUCCGGAUUGGUUGUAUGAAGUUGAAAUCCUCAAAUCCCGGUCCGCGUUGUGGAUGUCAGCGGAUGGCCACAUGGUUUUAUAUGCCACCUUUAAUGAUAGCUUGGUUCACGAACAAAAAUUUCCGUGGUAUGGAGCUGCUUUGGAUACUGAUGAUCCUGCCAAGACUUAUCCGGAAAUAAGAAGCGUCAGAUACCCCAAGCCGGGGACUAACAAUCCGGUUGUAAAGUUGACGGUGGCCGAUAUUGCUGACCCUAAACACAUACGUUCCCACCAUCUUACACCACCUAAGGUGAUACUAGAAGAGGGGGAUUAUUACUUCACAAGUGCGCAAUGGGUUUCUCUAACGGAAGUAUGCGUUGUGUGGCUCACACGGGUACAAAAUCUUACUGUUGUGUCUGUGUGUAAAAGCCCUAUGUGGUACUGCCAAGAGGUUUAUAGAAUAUUCUCAGGCAAAGAAGCGUGGGUAGAAGCUGCCCCUGCGCCGUUAUGGUCAGCGGGCGGCGCCGCGUUAGUGACACUAGCCCCUGUCCGAGACGGCCCCGCGGGUCUGUUCCGUCACAUAAUACGAGCUGAACAUAAUUCUCAUGGACCAAGAGCAUUGCCACUCACACACGGAAGCUUCGAUGUAGUAAAAUUGCUGGCGUGGGAUCACGCAAACCAACACAUUUAUUAUUUGGGUAUACCAGAGGGCAAACCAGGACAGCAGCACUUAUACAGAGUGUCAUCAGAAGCGCCACGACCUGGCACCCCCCAGAAGCUCCCUUAUUGCGUCACUUGUAACUCCCAGCCAUCACCAUCAAUAAACCUGGAGUUCUAUGGUAAUUUGGCUUCUUCUGGAGACAGUUCCUGGGACAGUGAUUGGGAAGAGAUCCCUACAUCACCAUCACCUCCUAAGAAGAAAAAAAAGAAACAACCAGAACAAGUCCAACAAAACCAGCCGUGCCUUUAUCACGAUGCUCAUUUUAGUCCAUCAUCUACAUAUUUUGUACUGGAGUGCCUGGGACCAGGAGUCCCCACGUCGAGCUUACACAAGAUAGCUUUACCUGAGCCAAGACUUUUGAUGCAUCUAGAAAACAAUACAGCUGUUAAGGAAAAGUUAGCAGCAAUAGCUCUACCCACGCCGCGGACAUUUUCAGUACAACUGUCAAGUGGACACGCGGCAAGAGUGAGACUUUUACUUCCUCCAGGACUAAGGGAAGAUGAAGUUACUAAAUACCCUUUGGUCAUGAAAGUACACGGGGCUCCGGGAACACAGCUGGUUACGGAGCAAUGGUCGUUAGACUGGGGUUCUCUGGCAGCUGGGGCGGGAGCUAUACUAGCAUCCGUGGAUGCAAGAGGAGCUGGAGGAAGAGGAUUGGCUGCCCAUCACACUCUGCAUAAGAGACUGGGGACUGUUGAACUGAAAGAUCAACUGGAGGUGGCUGAAUAUCUGCGGGACUCACUUCACUUCAUAGAUGCACGUCGAGUGGCGGUGUGGGGACGAGCGCAUGGAGGUUUUCUGGCAGCGUUGGCGCUUGCCUCCCCCUUGAGAGUGUUCCAUUGCGGGAUCACAAUAACACCUAUUGUGCGCUGGAGAUAUUACGCCUCGGCCUACGCAGAGCGGUACAUGGGUCUGCCAAACGCGACAGGUAAUUACCGAGGCUACGCGGAUGCUGACGUUACGAAGCAAGCUUCAGCAUUACAAGAUAAGAUGAUCCUGGUGGUUCACGGAACUGCUGAUGAUGAUGUACAUAUUCAGCAGACCAUGUCGCUAGCCAGGGCGUUGUCAGACCAUGGGAGUACAUUUAGGCAACAGAUAUAUCCGGACGAAGGCCAUAGUUUGGAGGGUGUAAAGCAUCAUUUGUAUCGAACGAUGUCUUCGUUCCUUGAUGAUUGUUUUAAAAAGCAAGUGCCACCGGAGACGAAGGCGGGGCUUCGGAACGGUGGAAACCUUGACUGAGAUUCGUGGAGGGAUGAGGAGCUGUACUCUUGGUAAUUACAAUAUAGAAAACACAAGCAAGUUUAAAAUUUGUAGUACAAUUUAUUCCAUAUCCCUAUUAGUAUUAACUGCCAAGUGGAUACUCACAAACACAUCAAGAAUGUGAUAAAUAGCUAUAAAGUCUGUAUGUCCGAGUUUGAAUGGUCCAAUGUGCUUUGUAUUUCAUCGAAAUAGUGUUAAGAUCAAUAAAUUUGGGACAUGAUGAAAUUUUACUUUUAAGAUCUAAGAGAAAGAAGGGAAAAUACAUUGUAAAUGUUGUGAUAAUUGUUAAAGUGUGAAAUAUUGUUCCCUGUUUAUAAAACUGCCCAUUCAUAUUUCUUGCGCGUUUGUGCUCAGUUGUGCAUGAAUGAAUCGAAUCAUCAAAUUAAGUUUUAUACAAAAAUGCUUGUUAAAAAAAAUCUACUUGUUGAAUUUGUUAUGUGUACGUUGUUUCUGACAUUUGAUUUUAUUUUGUAGGAUGCAUUGGACACUUUUAGUUUGAAAUAUCUAAAGAAAUAUUGUGAUGUUGUUGUGAUAAGGCAAGUGUAAUAUAUUAUAUUGAUUUCAAUCGCUGUCAUUCAACUGCUGUAUGUUUGAAACACGCACAAUUCAUUUAACAGGUUUGUGUUUUAUAAUUGUAAUACGGAGUGUUUCACCGAGAACUCCUCGUCUCUAGUGUUGUAGAAAAUUUCGAGAACAAAAUAGUGAUAGUAAAAAUAAGAUGAUUUGGGUGAAAUAUAUUCGAUUUGACUUUUUAACAUUAUUUUAAUAACAUAUUUGUUAAACAGACCCUGUUUUUAAAAUGAGAACGUUAUAAAUGUCAAUUCAAGUAUAAAAUUUAAAUCCACGAGCAAAAUCUAUGACUUGUUUGAGUCUGUCUCAUCUCUUGUUUCGUUUUUUUAAUUUCUAAUUUAAGGAAUUGAUCGUAGUUCUAUAGUCAAUGAGUUAUGUGAUCCUAGACUAUAAGUAGAUAUUGUAGAUCAUUUAAAUUAGACCCUUAAUAUUUUAACUAGAUGAAAAAAAAUUAUUUUGUCCUGUCGGGCUGUUUGAAAAAGGAAUUCGAAAGCUGGAAUAAGAUACCAGAACUAAGUCAUUCACUGAUAGAUCCAUUAAACUACUUACGACAUCUCCCAAGUAAUGAUAAGGUAAACUUGUGAUCCUUAUUGUCUCCAUAAUUAUUUCUAGGGUCUUGAAAAGGAACAAAGUUAAGUUUUAAUAAAUAUUAUUUAUUUAAUAAAUUGAAAUUGUAAUGAAAUCGAAUAGUUUGUAAAUGUUAUUUGACAGAUCUGAUCACUGUUCUCACGUAAUUAAGUUCGAUCAUGGAUGUUACGACAAGAUAGCUAUUAUACAAAACUGCAUCACUUCUUUGCCAUAUCUGAUUAUUAUAAUACUUUUUUUUAAUUAUUUUAUUGCCUUGUUUAUAUUAAAAGACGACACCCAAGUAUUAUUGCAUUGCAUUCUUCUGAUGGUAAAUCGCGACUACCACAUGGUCGACAGAAGUUUUUAAAUGCCUUGAUGACUUUUUGAAUUAAAAUAUAAGAAUGAAUUGUAGAAUGAGACUAAAAUGAAAUGAGAGAUAAGCGUUUUACAUCUCUAUAAUUCUUACGUACAAUUUAUGUAGAUUAGAAAAUUUUAAAAAUGACGUGUAUAAGUAGGUAAGCUCUGAGUUCUACAGUAACGGUGAAUAGAUCUGACAAAUAAAUACGCUUUAGUCAUAUAUAUUGUAUAAUUUUUGAUCGCAUGAACAUUGAAAAUUAAUGAACGCAUUCGGUGGUAAAGUGUAAUUUCUAAAUGACAAAUAACUGUAGAUUUUUAAGUAGACGUAAUGUAGAUUUAAAAGCGCCUUCCGAUAUUAACCGUUAAAACACAAAAUGUGGAAUUUUUAACGUUUAGAAACAAUAUAGUCGAGUUAUUGACCGACGAAUAAAGUUGUGAUUAACUUUAAAUUUAAUACAUUUGUCUCUUUGAUAAUGGUAGAAUAAAUUACGCUUAUCUUUUUAGAUUCAGUAGAUAACUUCAUUGAAUAUUACAAUUUUGACGGUCCUUCGUACGUGUUUUGUAACAAAGACAUUUCAUGUACUCAAUGUUGAAAUGUUAAAAGUUGUAUAUAUUAUGAUAAAAAUUUUAAUCAUUGAAAGUUGCUCAUUCUCAUAUUUCGGAUAUUGCAUGUUAUUAGUAACUUCAUUGACUAUUUAUAUAAUGUUAAAUUAGUGAAGACCAAUAGUAUUAAAAUAUUUUAUUAUGUAAUAACAAUUUUUAAUUAGAUUUGAACUUAGUAUAAUUUAAUUGUGCUUUAAUGUUCUAGUCGCGUUCUGAUAGUUAUUUCAAUGCGAUUUUAAAUUUAUAGCAAUAAAAUAGAAAAGUAUCCUUUGAAAUAAAAAAAAAAAAUUGUAAGUAAUCACUACUCUUCCGUAGGCACAGUUUUAAUGUAAUAUUAAGAAAUCAUUUCGAUGUAUAAAUCGUUUGAAAUUUUCUAACAAAACACCAAUUUACAUUACAGUUUACACGAGAAAAUUGUAUACUCUGAUUCAUAACUUAAUAUAAUAAUUUAUACAUAUACGUAUAAUAUGACUUAAAUAUAUUUUUAAACGCAUAUAAUAUAGAAGGAAUUUUAACAUUAAUCACGCUGUUAUACACAGAUUACAAGAUGGUUUUAUUCAAUUUACCUAAUUGCACAGAAACACACAAAAUAUUUUGUCAAUAAUAAUUUAUUCGCACAAGAUUUUUCAUCACACACUCAUAAACAAACACAUACAGUUACGCAUUAGUAUUCGUAACACAAGCUUUUCGAUGCCUAUAAAUUUGUUAAAAUAAAUUCGAGCUCUUGUAUAUUAUUUUGUUUGGUAACCAUCGAUUUUACCUAAAAUAAAUUUAAUUUUUUUUAGUCAUUUAGUCUUAAAUUUAGGAAAAUUUAUGCUUUAAUUACAUUAUUAUUAUCUAUAAUUUAUAACUGUUAUUGUAUGUAUCUUUUCAAUCAUACGCGUUAUGCGUUUGUAUGGGAUAAAGUGAGAAAGACCUAAGUGCCAAAGCGUCGAUGUUCUCAUAUUAUAUAAUUAAUAUAGAAUAAUUUUAAACUAUUGUUUGUAUUAGCCUAGGUAUAGUUUAAAAGCUUGUUAUUACCGACGUGAUUAUUUCUAUUCAGAGUCAUUUUGAGUAAAAAAGAUCAGAUUCCGUUUCAACGUCUAUUUUGUAAGCGUCUAAAGAAAAAUAUUAGUUGUAAUAUAUUGCAAAUAAUAUAUUUUUGUUACAAAUCAAUUUAUAUUUUAAUUCGCAUAUUUUAAUAUUUUUAUCUUAAUGUUUAAACAACACGGAUUUUUACAACAGUACUAAGAAAUAAGCCAAUUUAUAUUUCAUAAUAAAUAUGCUUCCAAGAGCGUGGAUACCGCUUCAUUAUUGAAUAAUAUAAAUUAUUUUUCUGACGCAUCUUUUAAAUAGUUAAUAUCUAAAAUAUCAUUAACUUUUUAAACGUCUUUUAAUCACUUUAACUAAUAGGUUUUAACGCAAGCCUGUCUCAACACUAACUGUCAUAAGCUUCUCUUAUUUGUAAAAUAAAUCUUUAUAUUUUUAUCAUUACUAUAAGUAAUAUAGUUUCGCAUGUAUUUUACAUCUACGCUGUUAUUAUUGUAAAUUUUAUUUAUUGUUAUCGUUACUGUGAAAUCUUCACUGGAUCUUAAUAGAAUUGUAUUGUAAUUCAAUAAACACUUACUAAAUCAA